UUCUUUGUUAUUUUUUUCCUCUGUCUGACCCAAUAUAGCUAUCUCUAGCUCUGAGAGAGAGAACUAAGGCCGGCAAAGAGAGUCGCUUGAAGGGUGAGGGCCAGCGGAGAUCAACGUUCAACGUGCAAAGCCGCUUCGUUUGCCUCCACCACCACUGCCACUAGUCCUUCUCCCCAUCGCCAACGACAUGUGUCCCAGGCGGAGACUGUUGGAGCUUAUAUUUCAUAUUUGUGGGUUUGCUCUUCAAAAUGGAGAGGAAAAUGGCUUUAUAGAACCUGUUGAAGAUGUUCGAAAGCGGUUACUGAACUCUUUCUUGUCCCCUUAUUAGCCUUUCCCUUUCUACUUUCUAGUCUAAUUUUUGAUAUCCUGUGAAAAAAUAAAAAAAAGAACCCUUCAGAUUUCCCUGAAGAAAGCUUUCUUCCUUCUUUGUGUGACAUUUUCAAGCAUCGUUUGAUAGUCUGCAAAAUCUAAAGCCCGCCUGUUUGUUUCUCCAUUAUUCAACUCCCUUUUUUUCACGAUGAAGGCCGAUAUGUUUAACUCUCCGGUAGCAGUGGCAAUUUGGGACUUGUUUUUCAAUAUUCAUUCCAAUGAAAUCGAAGACUACUUUCUUGAAGCGUUCAAGAUUUUAAGCAUCAUGGCCACCCACAACAAUCUGUACCGCCUGAGUCAACAAGAAUCCCAAGAGAUCGUGAUGAAGAAGCAAUUAUUGAACUAUUGCUAUCAGAUGAUGGAACUGGUGAACGGUUGUCUGUGAUUCCUAUAGUGGCCGAGGGUGGCAUGGGAAAGACCACUCUUGCUCGCCGUGUUUAUGACAAUCACAGGGUGAGUGAACAUUUUGACCUCAAGGCCUGGGCUUGGUUUCCAGGAAAAGGUGACUUGUUACAGGCAACAAAAGCAAUCGUUAAGUCGUUCACUUCACAGUCUUGUGAUCUCGAGGAACUAACUUCGCUCCAACAUAGACUGUUUGAGAUUCUCAAGAACAAGAAAUUUCUAAUUGUUCUAGAUGAUGUGUUGGUUGAGAAUUAUGUCUCGUGGAGUCAGUUGCUAAAUCCUUUUAUAGAUGCUGCUGCAAAGGGAAGUCGUAUUAUUGUAACUACACCCAAUCAAGCGGUUGAGUCAAUCAUGCGCACCAAGGGUUACAAUCCUUUUCGUAUCACUGCUUAUUAUUUGAUGCCAUUAUCAAAUAAAGAAUGUUGGUCGAUACUUGUAAAAUAUGCUUUUGGAGACGAACGCCUUAAUUCAAAACCCGAACUAGAAAAUAUUGGCAGACAAUUUGUGUACAGGUGUUCCCGCGUGCCUUUAGCUGUAAGAACACUUGGUGCCCUCUUGUUUAAUAGGCUGGAAGCAAAUAAGGAAUUUGGCCAGCUAUUUCAGGAGUGGCGCACUAAACUAGUCCAGUUUAUAGAGGAUUAUCGUUCUCCCGAUGUAUUAAGACUGAGCUAUGAUAAUCUUCCUCCACGGCUAAAGCGAUGCUUUGCAUAUUGUUCAAUUUUUCCUGCGGGUUAUGAAUUUGAGAAGGAUAAGUUAAUCCUCUUAUGGAUGGCUGAGGGUCUUCUGCCACAGACCGAAGGCAAGCUCACACCAGAAGAGGUUGGUGAUUAUUACUUUCAUGAAUUAUUUCAUAGAUCUUUUAUUUUACGAUCAAGUGGCAAUAAAUCACAUUUUGUGAUCCAUAAUCUUAUGAACGACCUGGCUAUUGCUGUUUCUGGGGAAUUUUGCUUCAAAUUGGAGGAUAAUUCCUCUUCCCAUAUCUCUGAAAGGGCCCGGUACUUGUCACUUUCAGGUAAAUACGAUCCCUCAAUGAUAUUGAAGACCAUUAAUAAAGCCAAGUUUUUAAGGACCUUUUUGCCACUCGAUCAUGAAUCAUGCCAUUUAACUAGUAAUGAACUGCGGGAUCUUUUGCCCAAACUGCAAUUCUUGCGAGUGCUUUCUUUAUCUCAUUAUGAUAUCACUGAGCUACCUGAUUCAAUUGGUGAUUUGGAACAUUUACGGUACAUGGAUCUCUCUCACACUGCAAUUAGGAGAUUACCUGAAUCAGUUUGUGCUCUACGCAAAUUACAAACAUUGAUAUUGUUGCAUUGUCGAACUCUUACUGAAUUGCCUGAAAGCAUAUGGAAGCUUUUUGACUUACGCCAUCUUGAUAUUAGUGGAACUGACUUAUAUGAGAUGCCAAAAGAAAUGGGCAGAUUAAAAAAUUUUCAGACGCUUUCUUACUUUGUUGUGGGCAAAGAAAGUGGCUCAACAAUUAAAGAGUUGGGGGGCCUUCUGUAUCUUCGUGGAACACUUCACAUUUCAAAGUUGCAGAACAUAGUCUCUCCCAAAGAUGCGCCUGAGGCCAUAUUGAAAGAAAAGGCACGACUUGAUGAGCUAGUGUUGGAAUGGGGUGAUGACAGUGCUGACCGAGAAAAUGAUAGGGAGAUGCUUACGAUGCUAGAGCCUCAUGCAAAUUUGAAGAAGCUCAGCAUUAAAUUUUAUCAAGGUACAAGCUUUCGAGGUUGGUUGGGGAAUAAAGAAUUCCUCAACUUGGUGUUCCUAUGUCUUAGCAAUUGCAAGAAAUGCUUAUCCAUGCCACCAUUUUGGCGGAUGCCAUCCCUUGAAGUGCUCAUUAUUGAAGGGAUGGAUAAAAUGAAGAAGGUGGGUCCUGACUUCUGUGGGCCAAAUAUGAAAUUUCACUCUUUGAAGUCUUUAACAUUUGAUAGGAUGUUGGAAUGGGAAGAAUGGAUUUCACUUGAAUGUCCUGGUGGAGAAUUCCCUUGCCUGCAAGAGCUUUGCAUACGGAGAUGCCCCAAGCUGAAGGGGAACUUACCCAAGCAAUUUCCUUCCAUAAAAAAAGUUGAAAUUUUUGAUUCUCAAGAGCUUGUGAGUACACUUUUGACACAGGCAUCGUCACUCAAAUGGCGUUUACGUUAUCAUGAUAAGAUUUUGUUCAGAAGUGAUGAUAAAGCUGAGUCAUUCAUCAAGCAAAGGACUGUCUUUACACAUGAAGGUGCUGCAGAAUCCUCAAUGACCAUAACUCAAGGUGUCACAAAAUCCUCAUUGCCCAACACCUGGUCCAACCAAUAUGGACGGCACGACCUCUCCUCUUCUGAAAUCGUGGAAAUUUCAGAAGAGACGGACUUGCCAAUAGAGCCACAUAGGCACAAACUUGAAGGAAGUUAUGCUCUGGAGGACAUACCUGAAGGAGUGAUGGACACCAAUUUAUAUUAUCACGGUAAUAUGUUGUUGAGAAGUGAUGAAGGGGCUGCAGAAUCCUCAUUGCCCGGUCAGACUCCAAACACUGAUGAUGCUCAUGAUCUGACCGACCAAGAUGGACUUGAAGACCUCUCCUCUUUUGAAAUCAUGGAAGUUUCAGAAAUAUCACAACUGAUGGAAUUGCCAACGGGGCUACAUGGCCUCAAAAUUGAAGGAUGUGAUGCUCUGGAGGACAUACCUGAAGGAAUGAUAGACAACAAGUCUUCUCUCCAACAUUUGUAUAUCUUUGAUUGUUAUUCUCUCAAGUCCUUUCCUGAAAAAAAUCCAACCAUUACCUUAAAGGUUCUCUAUAUCCAGAACUGCAAGAGAUUAGAUUUUCUCCCACCUGCAUCAAAGACAAACCAGUAUGCUCUUCUUGAACAUUUGUGCCUAGGGAGUAGCUGUGACCCUCUGAUAUCCCUCCCAUUGGGCUUCUUCCCAAAGCUUAAAAGUCUUUCUAUUUGGGAUUGUGCAAAUCUGGAAUCCCUUACAAUGCCAGAGGGACUUCAGAAAGAUCUCACAUCUCUUGAGGCCUUGGAGAUCAGAGAUUGUCCGAAGCUAGUAUCUUUUCCAGAAGGAGGAUUGCCAGCCCCCAACUUGACAUCCAUUUGUUUCUCUAAUCGCAAGAGUCUCAAGGAACUGCCUAAUCAGUUGCACACUCUGAUUUCUCUCCAGUCAAUGUUUGUAAAUAAUUGCCUAGAGCUUGUAUCACUUUCAGAAGGGGGUUUGCCUUCCAACCUAUGUUUACUCAGUAUCACUUUCUGUGAUAAAAUCAUGCUCGGGAUGGAGUGGGGCUUGCACAGGCUUCACCGUCUUAGUCAGUUGGAGAUUGAAGGUGGAUGUAAAAACGUGGAGUCAUUUCCAGAGGAGAAGUUGCUGCCCAGCAAUCUCAAUUCUCUUUGCAUCAGUCGGUUUUCGAAUCUCAAAUAUCUGGACUACAAUGGGCUUCAACACCUUACUGCUCUCAAUUCACUUGAAAUUAGCAGCUGUGAUGAACUCCAGUCCUUGCCUGAAGGUCUGCCAUCUUCCCUAUCUCUUCUCUGCAUCAAGGAGUGCUCUUUGCUGAAAUCAAAACUUCUAAAUAAUAAAGGAAAAGAAUGGUUCAAGCUGGCUCAUAUCUCUUGCAUAGAAAUAGAUGAUGAAAUAAUAAAAGACUGGUCCGAGAUAGCUGAUGUCUCUUGCAAGGAAACUGACGAUGAUGUAAAUCUCCUGGAAGAGCCAUAGUUUGAAGCAAUGAAAAUCCAAUUUCAGUAAGACUUCUUCUUAUUGGAUCACCAGUAAUUGCUUAGGUUUCUACAUGGGUUCUUCUGCAGUUAUUCACAUUGGGUCUACUACUUCAUGUUUUUGUUGUGUAUAUUUCUGCCUUUGUUUCGUGAUCAAUCAAAAGUGUCAUGUGAAUCUUUUUGAGGGCUUCCAACUCCAGCUUUCUGCAAAAGUUUGAGGAAUUUCCCAUUGCUCAUUUGCUCUAAGCAUUAUGUGGCUCAAAGGCAUCUUCUUAUAUGGGGGAGUUAUAGCAUUAGAAGAAGGCACCAAAAUAAGUGGAGUGGAUUUCUUCAACGAGCUAGUUUGGUAUAUUAUGGGUUUUAAAGAUGCAUGUUUUUAAGUUGGAUGUUGUUCAAGUGUUUGUUUAUGUUUUUGAGUGAGGUGUGUCAUUAUAUGUAUUGAAGUCUUGGGAUUGUAAGUUGACAUUGAUUUAGGUGACAGCUAAUAAGAAGUCUGAGUUGGUUGUAAUAAGAUAAAACUUGAUGUAAAUUUGUGAGGGUUUGCUAGUUAAUAGGAGUUGGUCGAAUGUUUGUAAUUCAUACUGUUGGUAAUAGAUAUUGAUUGGCAAUAUUCAUGGAUGUAGGCUUAUAGUUAGUCGAACCAUGUUAAAAUUUGUUGUCUAAUGAUGCAUGCAAGGAGGAAUUGACAA